AUGGUUUUAACCAAAUGGACUCCAGAAAUGACAUCGAAAUUCAUAUAUCUGCACCACGAACAAGAAUGUUUGUGGCGAAUCGAUAGUUUAACCUAUCGUGACAGAGACUCUAGGAACACUGCUUUAAGAAAUAUGAUUGCCGGUAUAGAGCUCCCCGAUCUGACUGUUGAUGAUGUCAAAAAGAAAAUUAAAUAUUUGAGAUCUACUUAUAUGGUUGAAGUAAACAAACAAGAAAAAAGUCUACGAUCUGGCGCUGGUACUUCAACAAUUUAUAAGUCAUCCUUGUCAUGGUUUAAUGAAAUGGAUGCAUUCAUCAAAUACGUAAAUGUUAAAAGAAAUACACAAAGCUCAUCGAUCUCUCAACCGGAUUUUGAGAACACUGAAAGUGAUGAACAUUCUGUGACUGACACAAAUAAUGAAACAGAUACAGGAAGCGUGAGAGUGGACCAACAAAAAUAUAAUAAUAGGAAGCAAGAAGAUAGUCAGAAAAGAAACACUGCCUUUGGUAAAAGAUCACGCUUAAAUAAAUUGAGUUCUGUUGUAGAAAAUAUGCAAGCACUUGCUGAGACCUUGAAUAGCGAAGAACAAGAAAAUGACGAGAUUGACAUUUUUGGAAAAAAUUAA